AUGGCCGCAAAUGGCGCAGCUUCAGAGCAACCCAGAGGAGCAAAAAUGGCGGAAAACCAGAAGAGCUCGAGCGACGUGGUCAUCAGCAUGCCCGAGCAAGAAAAAGAUUCGAACUUUGCCAGCCCAGAUCCUCGGAAACAUCAAAAUCACAGGCUUUCAUGCGAUUCACCAAGUAGACUAUCAGCCCCACUAAGCUGCCCUUCCUCUGAAAUCGCGGAUAUUAGCCGUAACCCUAAUAAGCCUCCCAGAAUCCCCAAAUCCAAGAGCCUCGCUCGCCGGAAAUCGCUCUCCAGGUCAGUUUACUCGAAGCCCAGAUCGAGAUUUGGCGAACAAUCUACGCCCAUUGAAGGGGAUACAUUCGAAAAUGACUCACUGUUAGAAAACCAGACCGUCUCUAUUCGUAACUCGCCUGAUUCGAAAGUUGACAGCGAUAGGACAUUAUUAACUAGUCCGAAAACGCCCCUAAUCUCCUCCCCGGGACACGGUCCCGUGGACGAGGAUGAAAAGAUAUACAUGAAAGUCAGCAGCAGAAAAAAGCACAAGCACAGGAAAGUGAAAGCCAAGGUCUUGAUCGAGUGGCUUCUCUUGCUUUGCGUUGUUGGGUUUUUGGUGAUUAGCUUAACUGUGGAUAGGCUGCAAAAUCUGAGGAUUUGGGGUUUGAGGGCUUGGAGGUGGUGUGUGCUUGUCCUGGUGACUUUCAGUGGCUUGCUGUUUACUGAUUGGUUUAUUCAUUUUGUGGUCCUUUUGAUUGAAUUGAACUUUUUGCUCAAGAAAAAGGUUUUGUAUUUUGUUUACGGCUUGAAAAAGAGUGUUCGGGUUCUAAUUUGGUUGGCUCUAGUGCUCCUCACUUGGGUUUUGCUGAUCCGUGAAGGAGUGGAAGGGGUGGUGGGCCGGGCGGCCCGAAUCUUGGAUGUCAUAACGUGGACGUUAACUUCUUUGCUGAUUGGUGCAUCUUUAUGGUUGUUGAAAACUUUGCUCUUAAAGAUUUUGGCUUCUUCGUUUCAUGUGAACACGUUUUUUGACAGAAUUCAAGAAUCGACCUUUCAUCAGUAUGUCCUGUUGACUCUAUCGGGUAUACCGAUUAUGAAACAAGCAAAUUUGUUGGGGGAGAGUAGUGAAAAUGCAGGGGAAUUCGGCAACGUUGUGAAAAACAAGAAGGAGAAGAAAGAGAAGAAUGUUAUUGAUAUCCAUAAACUUCACCGGAUGAAGCAGGAGAAGGUCUCGGCCUGGACCAUGAAGAUGUUAGUAGACACAAUAUCUACUUCGGGCUUGACCACUUUAUCGAACGCGAUUGAUGAGAGCGUUUAUGGAGGGCGUAACGAACAUAUGGAUAAAGAGAUUACUAACGAAGAGGAGGCAAUUGCAGCUGCUUAUCAUAUUUUUCGAAAUGUAGCCCAGCCCGGUUGCAAGUAUAUUGAUGAACUGGAUUUCAGUAGAUUCAUGACGAGAGAGGAGGUGGAGGUGGUUUUUCCGAUGAUUGACGUGGCUGAGACCGGGCAGAUUGACCGGAAAACGUUGACUGAUUGGGUGGUGAAGGUAUACAAAGGCCGAAAAGCACUAGCGCAUGCCCUGACCGAUACCAAAACAGCAGUGAAGCAAUUGAACAAGCUCGUCUCGGGGAUUCUAAUAAUAAUUUCGAUAGUAAUUUGGCUGUUAUUGGUCGGAAUAGCAACCACCAAAGUGCUCGUUUUUCUCUCCUCACAGCUUGUUCUUGCAGUCUUUGUGUUUGGAAACACUUGCAAAACCAUAUUCGAAGCUAUCAUAUUCGUGUUCGUAAUGCAUCCUUUUGAUGUGGGUGAUCGUUGUGUUAUCGAUGGUGUUCAGAUGAUUGUGGAGGAGAUGAAUAUAUUAACGACUGUCUUCUUGAGAUAUGACAACGAGAAAAUAUACUAUCCAAACACGGUUUUAGCCAUGAAACCCAUUAGCAAUUUCUACAGAAGCCCGGAUAUGGGUGAUUCGCUCGAGUUCUCCAUUGACUUCAAAACGCCUUUGGAGAAAAUAGGCGCUUUGAAGUUUAAAAUCAAACAGUACUUAGAGAAUAAUCCCCAGCACUGGCAUCCUAAUCACAGUGUGGUUGUGAAGGAGAUUGAGAAUGUGAACAAGAUCAAGAUGGCUUUGUUUAUCAAUCACACAAUGAACUUUCAAGAUUUUUCCGAGAAGAGCAGACGCAGAACGAGUCUCGUGCUGGAGACGAAGAAAAUAUUCGAAGAGCUCGAUAUCAGAUACGAUCUUCUUCCUCAGGAAAUUCGUCUUGUCGAAUCCAAAAAGUAG